CUUACUGAUUUCAAAUCUCCAUCUGUUUCUGCUAAUAUUAGAUUUUUAAAUUUUUAGUAUAUUUUGUUUGGAAUUAUUAUUUUUAUUUGAGCAUUGGUAUUUAAUUUCUGAAUAAUUAGAUGAGAAAAUUCAAGUUCCGUCAUGACGAGCCAUUGGUGUUGCUGCAAGUCUGCAACGUCACGGUGUGAACUUCUCAUCAGGUUAUAAAGCACUUUAGGUUUCAUAUGACUGGCAGAAUAAAGUUUUUAGGCUAUCGAAGUGUUCAAGAGCAGAAAAAUUUGACUCGUCGCUUUAAAAACUUUCAAUUCCUUUUCAAAAUCUUCGUGUAGCUUUUGGUUUAAAGUCCGGAACGAAGAUGCCGAGCUUAGAAGUGGUGACGAACAAAGUCGUCGUCCAUCCGUUGGUACUCCUAAGCGUCGUCGACCACUUUAAUCGUAUGGGGAAGAUCGGAAAUCAAAAAAGGGUGGUCGGCGUACUGCUAGGCUGCUGGAAGCCAAAAGGGGUUCUAGAUGUAUCCAACAGUUUUGCAGUGCCUUUUGAUGAGGACGACAAAGACAAAUCUGUGUGGUUCUUGGAUCAUGACUACCUCGAGAAUAUGUAUGGGAUGUUCAAGAAAGUAAAUGCUAGGGAAAAGGUUGUUGGUUGGUAUCAUACGGGACCGAAACUUCAUCAAAAUGAUGUUGCGAUAAACGAAUUGAUCAGAAGAUACUGCCCCAAUUCAAUUCUUGUCAUAAUAGAUGCUAAGCCUAAAGACCUUGGCCUGCCUACUGAAGCCUACCGUGCAGUUGAGGAGGUUCACGAUGAUGGCUCACCCACUACAAAAACAUUUGAACAUGUGCCAAGUGAAAUAGGAGCGGAAGAGGCUGAAGAAGUCGGAGUUGAACACCUUCUUAGAGACAUUAAAGACACUACAGUUGGAACGUUAUCACAAAGAGUUACAAAUCAACUUCUUGGGCUUAAAGGUCUCAGCCAGCAAAUACAAGAUAUUAAAGAUUAUUUACUCCAGGUUGUCGAUGGGAAACUUCCAAUUAAUCACCAGAUAAUUUACCAACUACAAGACAUUUUUAAUCUCCUUCCUGAUAUCGGCCAUGGGAAUUUUGUCGAUUCCCUCUAUGUUAAGACUAAUGACCAAAUGCUUGUUGUUUAUCUCGCUGCACUCGUCCGAUCUAUUGUUGCUCUCCAUAACCUUAUCAAUAACAAGCUUAGUAAUAGAGAUGCAGAAAAGAAAGAAGGGAAAAAGGAAGAAGUCAAAAAAGAGGAAGAACCUGUCAAGAAAGAAGUCAAAGCAAAGUAGAUUUCAACAAAAAAAUUUGUUUAUAUUUUUUUAAACUUACUUCUGUAUUUUGAAAGAAUUAAAACUGUACAUAAACA